AUGAAAUCGAAUUCUUCAUACCAAUCAUUCUUGGAUUCGAUUUCUGUUAUUAUUAUAUUAUCAAUUUCCCUUUUUGCAAGGAUAUGGAAUCUGCAAACACCAGAAACAGUCGUUUUUGACGAACACAGAUAUGGUCAGUACAUCAAUUGCUACUGCAAUGGUUCAUUUUUCUUUGAUACACAACCACCAUUCGGAAAAAUCAUGCUUUACCAGCUUGCAAAAUUCUAUAAAUACCAAUGCGAUUAUGAUUUUCAAAGAACUAACAGCAAAAAGCAACAGACAUCAAGUUUCGUACCAAUAAGAUAUGGAGUUUGCUUCAUAUCAUCAUUUUGUGCUCCAAUUAUCUUUUCUGUCCUUAGAAUUUGCGGUGUUUCGAGAUUACCUUCUUUUGUUACAGGUUUAAUGAUUGCGUUAGACUCGUCGUUAAUCGUCGAAAGCAGAUACAUUAUUCCUGAUGGAAUAUUACUUACUUUGAUCGCAAUUCAUUUAUUCAUGUUAUCCGCUGGUUUCGAAUCGUAUACUCCCUUAUUUUCAGGCUUAACCCUCGGCUUAUGUAUUUCCACAAAAUUCACCGCGUUUGCAUUGAUUCCGUUUUCAAUUUUCGUUGCAUUAAAGAAAUUACAACCAUUUAACAUGAAAGGCAUCAUUAUUAUGCUUGUUACGGCUUUUAUAAUCUUCGAUCUGAUUACUGUCCUUCAUAUGUCCUUUUUACCCGAUUCUACAGAUGAUGUUGACGAAUAUCUUCCUGUUUCACUUCAGCAGCACUUAUUUUUAGAGAGAGACCCAGGCAGAUUCAUUACAGAUGCUAUUUUCCUCAGUUUGAGGAUGUUACGUGUUGGAUUAUCAAAUAAAAGAUUUGAUCCUUACCAAAGUAAUCCAAUUUCAUGGCCAUUACUCACAGGAAUAUGGGUUCGUGGUUGGGAUCGUUCCAACAACAGAUUGAUCGUAUUAAUGGGAAAUCCUGUAGUUUAUUAUAUUUCAUUUGCAUCUGUCAUCAUUUUAAUGAUCAGAUUUAGAAAACUAACACGAAAUGUUGCAAGUUAUGCAUGUGUUGGUUAUAUUCUGUCUUAUCUCCCUUAUUUUCUGACAAAAAGAACUUUGUUUUUGUCUGAUUACCAAAUUCCACUUAUGUUUGCAAUUAUUUCGUUUGCUCCAACAAUAGAUAGAAUUCUUUACUCUCAGAGAAGAAGGAAUUUCAUUUGUUUCAUCAUUAUUUUACUUGUUUUCUUCACUUAUAAUUAUUAUUCGCCAUUUAUAUAUGGAACUUACCUUCCAAACCUCGAAAAACGCAUUACUAACAGCGUUUGGGCAAAGGGAUCAAAGAAGCAUAGACAACUUCUCGAUGACUUUUUAGGUCUUGAUAUGUAA